UUACACCUCCAACACAAGUAUCAUCAUAUGUCGGAUAUAAAGAAGGCAGAUAAGAACAUGGAAAUGUGUCGCAAGAAGCUGCCUGGACUACGGGACAAACUCAUACUCUUCAUCUUAUACCUCCUUCUGUGCAGGAAUAUAGCGAUGGCGAUUCAUCCGGACUGCGCAAUCGUCUCGCAGCAUCAGAGGGCACGGGAGGCUUGCAGCCAGAUGAGCAGAAGCGAGGCGCAAAACCAGACGGAGCAAAGCGGAUGUAAAACCGAAUGGGACGGGAUCGGAUGCUGGCUAAGAGCUGAAGUAGGACAGGUGGUCAACAUUUCCUGUUCUGAAGUCUUCCAGCAUUUCUCCAGCAAUCAAGGGCAUGUUUACAGGAACUGUACAGAUGGAGGCUGGUCUGAAAUGUAUCCUAACUACGAGGAAGCCUGUGCUUUCAGUGAUGACAGUGAGCCUGAAACUGAGACGAGUUACCUCUCCACGUUCAGACAGGUGUACACUGUGGGCUACGCCACCUCGCUCAUCUCGCUAAUCACAGCGAUAGUUGUGUUCACAGCCUUCAGAAAGUUCCGCUGCACAAGAAACUACAUCCACGUCAACCUGUUCUCCUCCUUCGUCUUGAGAGCCAGCGCUGUUUUCAUCAAAGACACUGUGCUGUUUGCUGAUGAGAAUCUGGACCACUGCUCUGUGUCCACGGCAGCCUGCAAGUCUGCUGUGGCUUUCUUCCAGUUCAGCAUUCUGGCCAAUUACUUCUGGCUGCUGGUGGAGGGCAUGUAUCUGCAGACGCUGCUGGCACUGACCUUCGUCUCUCAGAGGAAAUACUUCUGGUGGUACAUCCUGAUUGGUUGGGGACUCCCAUCGACAGUUCUUAUUCUUUGGGUGUUGACCAGAUUCUUCUACGAUGACAGCGGUUGCUGGGAUGACACAGAAAAUGUUGCUAUUUGGUGGAUCAUUAAAGGACCCAUUACAGCCUCACUGCUGAUCAACAUUGUCAUCUUCAUCAAUGUGAUCCGGAUUCUGGUUCAAAAGCUCAAAUCUUCAGCCAUGGCGGGAAACAAUGACACAGGACAUUUCAUGAGGCUGGCUAAAUCCACCCUGUUCCUCAUCCCUCUGUUUGGGAUGCACUACACUGUGUUUGCCUUCUUGCCUGAGAACACCGGAGUGGCAGCGAGACUCUACAUCGAGCUGGGGCUAGGAUCCUUUCAGGGUUUUGUGGUGGCUCUGCUGUACUGCUUCAUGAAUGGAGAGGUUCAAACAGAGCUGCGCAGAUGGCUGUGGAAGUGUCACAAUCAAAAUCACCUUACCCCUGCCAAGCAAAGUAUCACUCAGAUCACAAUUCGAGCCCGUGGGGGGCUUAGGAGGCCCCCUUCCAGCGGCAACAUCUCUACAGUAUGA